UUGAUUCAGUUCAAAUUCAGCACUGAAUCCAUAAACAGAUCAGCAAUUUAGAAUAAAGCGGACAGUAGACGACACACAUGGAAAAGUGGUCUGGUAAAGUUGCUCUGGUAACUGGCGCCAGUUCAGGCAUCGGUCAGGAUAUCGCCCUAGCCUUGGCAAACGCAGGUAUGUUAGUAGUGGGAAUAGCGAGACGAGCGGAAUUGGUUGAUGCCCUAGCGAGUCAAGUCACCGGAAGUGGACGGAUAUAUGCCAAAAGAUGUGACGUUGGGAUCGAGGCAGAAUUAAUGGAAACAUUCGAUUGGAUUCGUAAGGAUUUGGGCGGAGUCGACGUUCUGAUUUGCAAUGCAGGGGUUUUUCGGUGUAACUUUAUAACACAAAGCGAUUCCUCUGAUUUCCGAGAAACAUUCAACGUCAACGUAGUUGCCGCUUGCAUCUGCAUCCGUGAAGCCGUGAAGGAUAUGAAGGAUCGAUCCGUCCCAGGACAUAUUUUCAUAAUCAACAGUAUACUCGGAAAACGAAUUCCAGAUAUUGCAGUCCCAAUGUUUGGAGUAUACCCAGCUUCGAAAUAUGCUCUGACCGGUCUGGCCGAAGUUGUUCGAAAAGAACUAAUGUUUUUCAAACUUCCCAUCAAAUUGACUAGCAUACAUCCUGGAAUGGUCCAAACGGACAUGAUAAAGGUAUUUGAUUCCGCCCUGGCGCAACGACUCCCAAAACUGAAGGUCAACGAUAUAACGGCUAAUGUUCUGUACAGUUUGAAGGCACCGACGGAAGUACAUAUCGAAGAGCUGAUUGUUAUGCCAGGAGUUAUUCCGGUCCCCGAAUGAGAAUCAAUUCUGAUAGAAGCUGCAACGUGAAUCUCAUAAACCCUAACGGCAAAACAACAAUGAAACCAAGCACAAGGGUACAACAAUUUCAUUAAUUACAACCAAUAAAAUUGAGUAACGUUCUCUGCUCAUCGACGGAUAUUGGAAGAAAGUAAAGAGAUGUUCAUAUAUAAUUAAAACUGAACCCGAUUCGAUUAUUACGUGACCUCA